CCUAAACGCAGAGAGAAACGACGUUGAAGACGACGAUGACGGCGAGCUCCAUGAAAGACGAAAGUACAAGCAGCAAACAUAGGAAGAGGAAGAGACAAAGAAACCCUAAACCUUCAAAAGAAGAACCCAUCGAGACGAAACUGAAGAUUCAAAGAGAUACCAAAAUCUGCAAAAACAAUCAGCGUGGAGGUUCUUCUUCAGCUUCAUCGAAACGACCUAAACCUUCCAAUUUUCUCGAUACGCUUCGAGAGAGAUUAUCUGGUGGGCAAUUUAGGAUGCUUAAUGAGAAACUCUACACUUGCUCUGGACAAGAAGCAUUAGACUAUUUUAAAGAAGAUCCAGAAAUGUUUGAUAUGUAUCAUACAGGGUAUCAGCAACAAAUGACAAAUUGGCCUGAGCUUCCUGUUAAUUCCAUUAUAGAGUGGUUAUUGUCUAGGAGCUCUUCUUUAGUUGUUGCUGAUUUUGGCUGUGGUGAUGCAAGGAUUGCUAAAAGUGUGAAGAACAAAGUUUUUUCUUUUGAUCUUGUCUCAAAGAACCCCUCUGUUAUUGCCUGCGAUAUGUCAAAUACUUCACUUGAGUCUUCAUCUGUGGAUGUUGCUGUUUUCUGUCUUUCAUUAAUGGGAACAAACUACUCUAGUUACAUCAAAGAGGCACAUCGAGUUCUACGUCCAAGCGGUAUGCUUCUUAUAGCGGAAGUAAAGAGCAGGUUUGAUCCAAACAAUGGAGGAGCAGACCCAAAAGACUUUGUGAAAGCAGUUUGUGAUCUUGGAUUUACUUCGGUUUUAAAGGUAAACUAUAUUAUGGCUCUAUACUCCUUUUCUUUUCUCGUUUCCUCUAUGAGAAAGAAACUCAUUUUGUUCUUUGCGCAGGACUUCUCGAAUAAGAUGUUCAUAUUAUUGCAUUUCAAGAAAAAGGAGCAGUUGAAUUCAAAUGAGAAGAAAAUAAAGUGGCCUGAGUUGAAAGCAUGUUUAUACAAACGUCGAUGAUAGAAAGAUUUACACACAAUUCCCUUUAUUUCCGUCAAUGUUGUAUCACUUUUCACCCUUUGUUUAUGAAAUUUUGUACGAGUAAAUCAAAUCAGACUGGUCUUUGAUAAGUUUUCAGAUUUUUUUUUCUUAAUGUGCCA